UAUACUCCGUCUCUAGCCGGUAGCCACUCGGUAAAACAGCAAUUCUUUCUGUUGUGUUGACAACAAUUAUUGCAACCAAUUUGAAAUGUUUCCACAAAAAUCAUCGGUAACUUAUUGCACGCCCGCGUCUCAUCAGCCGCCGCCGGCAAAAGAAUUGGCCGACAAUGUAGACUAUCCCAAUCUUAAUGCGACUGAUAUGAGUGCGCGCCUCGAGAAUCUGUCCCCACGCCUCCAUGAUUGCUUCGACAGCAUUUCGAUGAAUAAACAGCAGCAUUUUGCCUUAGCCACCAACCACCGCGAUGGGAGCCAAUGGUGGGGCAUGUUCUUUGGUUACAAGAAGACGGACCGCAUGACUGUCGACAAUGCUGACUACAAGUUGCAAUGCGAGCAUACCGUCAACAUCUUACGCUAUGCAGAUAAUAAUGUAUUGCUUGUGGCGUUGGGCGAUGCACGAUUGCAAGCGUGGUCAACUUAUUCAAAAGUGCGCAAUGCUCAGUCGCCCUAUUGUCUGUUCCUCAUUGGCGAAGAAACGGCGCACAAAGCACCCAUCAAUCAGCUCUGCGUCUUCAAAUCGGAGCCACAGAAAGCCGUGUCUAGCUGUCUGGAAAACAUACUUAAUGUGUGGGAUCUAUCUGGAGCUGACCUAUGCAGCACAUAUCGGGCACGUUCAGCCCACACUAAUAAAUUAACAGGCUUAGCAACAUCUGCAACAAGCUCAGAUCAAAUUGUCAGCUGCGAUCGUGGAGGAUGCGCUCGUCUCUGGGAUGUGCGCGCCUCAUCGCCUUCCUCGACCUGCCUUUAUGAUGAUAAGUCGCAUCUGCUCAGCUUUACCUGUGCUGCUUGGGCAGCGCCCAGUGAACUUCAAGGCAAUAACUUUAUUUAUCUGGGCGAUUACGAUGGCAAUGUACAUACGUUAGAUAUUCGUGUGCCGGGAAAACUGCAGCAGACGGAUAGUUAUUUUGAGGCUGGUCAUGUGUCACAUCUGGUUGUUAAUGGUGAUCACUUGGCGGUUAUGAGCAAUCUUCCAGCCUCUGUCAAGAUAGCCAAAGUGAAUAAGGGUCAUGAGAUUAUUUACACUAAUGAGAAUACACAUAAUCGGCUAACGGAUGCAGUUUGGAGCAAUGAAAACACUCUGCUAACCAUUGGACACGGCCGCAAAUUGGCCACGCACAAAAUAUAAUACUACAUAUUUCCUUUAGAUUAUACAAAGAAUUUUUCAAGACCAAUUAUUUUUGUACAUAUGAAUGUGCCUAUUAACUAAACUCUUUUUCUUGUUUUUAUUGCGAAACCACGAAUCUGUAUAUGACAGCGUAGCUUUAUAGUUUAGUGAUUAACGAUCCCUCAACAGGAAGAAUACGAUUUGUACAUUUACAUUUUUUUAAGAUACGCUAAUACAUGUACAAUUGUGGGUAAAAAGCAAAUACGACUGUGCAAUUUUUAUUUAAACUGAAAAAUGUUACUUUUAACUUGGUAACUCUUGUCAAAAUAUGAUUCAGUUAAAAGAUAAAUUGUUUGUUUUUGUACCUUAUCGAAAAUUGCUCUGUAACGUGCUUUCACUGCAAUUUGUGUGCGGAAUGAAAUUUCUGCAGCUAAAACGUUGAAAAGAAGGUUGUAAAGUGCAUUUGCUUCAAAAUAAAACUUCCACUAGCAUAGAACAACGAGUAACAGAUAGUACGACGACCUUUAACACGAAGUGAUAAAAGAAUUUAUGACUCAUCACUGUCACAAUUAAUAUAAUUUUGAUUUUAUAUUUAAACUUCAGAAUGGUUAAAACUUAAUUAAAACUAAAAAUAAUUCAAUUCAUUAAAAAAUUACUUCCAUAA